CGCAGGCGCAUUCAAGAGCGUGCGCAUGCGCACUGCACCCGCGGGAACAUUUUUCGAACAGAGAACGGCUUGAACAAGGCUCUCCUGUGUUGACUAAGGCGCGUCUCCUUUCAAGUAAGGGUGAAUGACCAUCUGUUUAAAUGAGGCAGAAGCAAACUUCACUCUCCACAUCCCACAAUUCCUAACAGCCGUCUUGAAAUUCCACAAUUUCAACCGUGAUGGUGAGAAAAUAUAAAGCGCAACUCGAACCUCCCGGAACAAAGAAAAGAGCAAAAGGAAGUCAACGAAAGAGAAAACUAGAGAGAGAAGAUGCACAAGCAGUGGAGAACAAACAGAAGAGAACAAAGUGCUUAGAAGGAUUACUGGAAGUGAAUCCAGUCCAACAAGAAAAGCAGCAGCUGCUCCCAAAGAGUUCUAGAGAUCAUCUUGAAGCGACAAUGCAUUGGUUAAUAGAGUCCAUUUUGUACAAAAAUGGAAAAAAACACAAUGAAAUCAGAAAGCAUUUAAAUCUUCUCAAGAAAAGAUUUCUCAACAGUUUCGAGACCAUACAAUUUCCAGUAAGGAAACUAAACAGCUGUGAGAAAGUGCAUAGAAUUCUAGUAGAGGAAAAGAAAAAGACUGUCGCCAUUGAAGAUGAUUUGAAACAGUUGCAGGAAGAAUUGGAUAAAGCUUUGCAAGCCGCAGCGUUCAAUGAUAACAAUAUUCAAACUUUGCAGAACAAAAUAGAGAAAUUGAAAUGUGACUUGGCAGCAGAGGAAGCAGCAUCAAGCAAGUUAUUCCAGACAGAUAGCAAAUUUGACCCUUUUCUUCCUGGUAUCUUUGAGGAUUGUGCAAAAGCACCAAUUCUUCAGAACGAGCUCUUGAAGGUUAAAAACCAACCAGUUCUUCUUAACGACUUAAAUACUAUUCAGCAAUCAUAUGAAAUGAAGACUCUGUCAAUGUUUCUGGAACAAGCAUAUGAAAUGUGAACUUCUGAAUGGAAUCAGUCUUCCCUAGAUGUUGCCUACUGAAGAAAAGAAACAUAGACUGUAUCUCUUAACUGCUUUCAUCUCCCUUAAAUAUGUGUAAGAAAUUAUUUCUUUUCAGUACAUGAUUAUGAUGCUUCUUUUAUGACUGCCUAUGUUUUCAGAUUGUGCAUUUAUAUUACCAUAGUAUGUUCCAUGAAGCUAUAUUAAAAUGAUCCAGCCUGUGCCUUAAAGUUUAUGUACUGAAGUUUUCAGCUGCGCGUUAUUGUUCAGGUUUGAGUAGUUAUUAAUGUAGUGGGAAUAAAGUCUUCCUGAUAUCUGUUUGUUACACCAUGUGGUCUUUUCUGUAACAUGCUAGCAUAUUUAGUGGUAUAUGGUUCCACAUUUAUAAUAAACCCAGCCAAUCACU